AUGGUAGCGACCUCGACCGUGGACAUCAAAUCCGCACACACACCGAGUCCACAAAGUCAAGGAGCGCAAGAUGCCACGAUCAAGGAUGACACCAUCAAAACUCCCCUUUCGAGCAGUGUGGGACCAAGAUUGUUUACUGCAGGCUCGAGGGACCCGCAGUUCAAGAUCGAAGCGAUGCUAUCAGUGCUCCACCACGCAAGAGUAAAGGACCUCUAUCGCUUGGAUUUCAAAAUGCGAUACGACCGUACCCGAUGCAAACGAACGUUCAUUUUGCAAAAGAAUGCUUCCAGUGAUCCACCUUUCCGAACACAACUUUCUCACAACACAUCUUCCGAUGAAGUGUACACUUUGGUGCUGAACUGGAUGGCAAGGUGCACUCGAGAGUGCAAAUCACACUGCAGAUAUGUCGGGCAAGAGGCACCUAGAUGGUAUCCUGCGCGGCUUAUCAGUCUGAAACAGCUCAAGAAAGCGGACUUAUUCAAUUCCAAUGCCAAAGACAAGAGCACAGAGGCUCCGGAUGUGAAAGUCAACCUGGUCGAGACUAAGGAGUGGCCAAAUCAGAGACCUUCAGACAAUGUCCGAUACGUGACACUCUCUCACUGCUGGGGCCAGGGCGUUACGGACCAACACAAGCUAACAUCGCGCAAUAUCGACACCUUAAAAGAGGGCAUAAGGCUCAGCGACCUCCCUCAAACCUUUCAGGACGUGAUCACUUUUUCAGCGCGGUUACCUCGAGUAGGCUAUAUUUGGAUCGACUCCCUUUGCAUCAAACAAGGGCCCGAUGAGCAGGACGACUGGCUAAAGCAAUCAGCAUCCAUGGACAGAGUCUACAGUGAAACAUUCCUCAACAUCUCUGCUACUCAUGCAUCGGAUAGUCAAAAGGGGCUGUUCAGACCUAGGAUACCAGAGCUCCUGUUAGAAGAUGAGAUCACGCUCAAUAUCGAAGGCCUGCCUGGCGCACAUCCUCCACCCCCAGAAAAUGUUGUACGAACAGCUGCGCCGCACAGUCUGUCCAUGGGCCAGAAAAUCAUACAUCUCUUGGGAGUGCGCUGGCUUUUCCGCUAUGUGUUCAUACUGCUUCAAUCUCUCCGAGGCAGACUGGGAGUCUUGUUGAGUUUGGUACAACGAUUCUCUGUCCGAACAAAAGCACGGGCUCAGGCCGGUAGUCACAAUGAGGUAGGUGCACCGCACCGAUCAACUCUUGGAGCAGGCAUUAGCGCUCUCAGACGAUCCAGUACGAAAGUCGGGGUUCUCAACGCGUUGAAGCGUUCUGGUACCGGAAUAAGCGAUGACAGCGACACAACGACACCAAAGGCCGAGGCCGAACGCCACAAUUUGAAGCGCUGUACGAUUCUGGAUGCAUCCUUCUGGUCCAACCGUGUCGACAAUGCGCCCGUGAAUCGAAGAGGCUGGGUACUGCAGGAACGACUUUUGUCGCCUAGAGUCCUCCAUUUUUGUCACGACCAGGUGGCUUGGGAGUGUUGUGGGUUCGAUGCUGCAGAAGGUCUGCCUGAAGGCAUGCCGAACUUCCAGCUCACAUCCGGGGGAAUUAUUGAAGAAAGUCGCUUAAAAGGACUCGACAUUAAGGACGGCGCGCGUCUGCGCAACAUCCGUUUGAAUGAUUACAAGGAACCGGAUCCACAAUUGCGUCCUGAAAUCUACGCCCUAGAGCUCUGGCGCCGUAUUGUGGAAGUGUACACCAGAACCGCCAUCACGAACUCGGAGGACAAGCUCAUCGCUCUAUCCGGUAUGGCGAAGCUGAUGGAUGAGAAAAUGGGCUCGAAAGAUGCUUCUUUCAAAUAUGCCGCCGGUCUUUGGAAUGUGCACAUUGAAAGUCAGCUGCUCUGGCAAGUGGAGCCGGUUUGGCGAGAAGUCGACGAGACAUUCGACAACGUGUCCACAUCUCCCGCAACAUACCGUGCCCCAUCAUGGUCCUGGGCCUCUGUAGAUGCACAUAGAGACCACGGCAUCACGUACGGUGAUAUCACUGACAAAGAUCUAUAUAUCAAGGUCGAAAAAGUUUCGAUCAAUCCUCGCACCAUGGACAACGUUUUUGGUAUCGUGGAAAGCGCACGCACCUAUAUCGACAUGUGGUGUAAGCUGCGCAGAGCUGUACUGUAUCGCAAGAACCCGAUCUCCAAAGGCAGAUUCGGCUGGCGCCUGGUCGAUCGCAAGGGGCUUGACACCAAAGAACAUACGAACGUGUACCUUGACUGUCCAUCUGACAACGCCCACAACAACAUGUUUGGUACCGACCAUGAGAUCUCGCGCGUCUUCGUCAUUCCUGCUGCUAAAGGCCCUCGUAUUGCGUCUGAAGAGAGCAAGUAUCUGACAUGCCUACUUGUGCAAUGGCUGCCAGGUCAUGAGGCGGGAGCUGCUGUCUUUAGGCGUAUCGGAAUCACGAAGCUGAGCCCUUGGGCGGACAGUGAGGCACUGGCGAGACGCAAAGAUGAACAGGGUAAGCUCGUGGGUGAUUUCAAGAUUUUGGAGAUGCUGGAAAGUGAUGUGAACAUGCCAUAUGAGAACUACGAUCCUGUGAACGGCAAGCACAUGAUUCGUCUCAUUUGA